GGAAGACGCAGACUCCCGGCCUGAAACUAUAGCACUACAAUUCCGGAACGAAGAUCAAACUGUUGAUUUCUUUUCUUUUUUUUUUUUUAAAAAAAAUAUGCUCAGCAUACAGUUCUUAUUCAACCCAGAAUCUUCAUUCAAGUUUUAAACCCAGAAAAAUAGCAGAUGAAGUUAAAUUUUUUCUAACUGGACUAACUCAGUUCCUUGAUUGUCUCAUUUCAGCAAAACUCGGUUAAUGCAUUGUUUAUAUGAAACCCACAUUUCCUCGGUAUCUUGCCGCCUGAAAGUGUAUCUCCUCAAGGUUGUGGGAAAAUGGGUUUUAGAGUGAUUCUACUGUUUGUGUGGUGUAUCUUUCUGUCAUGGUUUUCACUGUCUUUAGCAGAAGAUGUAAAGGUCGUUGUUGAAGGAGUCACCUCCAUAGCCACCACAGAUGAUAACUUCGUGUGUGCCACUCUUGAUUGGUGGCCCAGUGGAAAAUGCGACUACAAUCAGUGCCCCUGGGGAAAAGCCGGCAUUCUCAAUCUGGAUUUAAACAACAAGAUUCUUCUGAAUGCUAUCAAGGCAUUUAGCCCCCUUAGAAUCAGAUUGGGAGGUUCUUUGCAAGAUCAGGUUCUGUACAAAGUUGGAACUCAAGUCAGGAAAUGCCCUCACUUCAAAAACAGGAAAAAUGGCUUGUUUGGAUUCAGCGAAGGUUGCCUCUCCAUGGAGAGAUGGGACCAGAUCAAUAACUUACUCAACCAAACGGGAGCAUUAUUCACAUUUGGAUUGAAUGCCCUCAUUGGGAGGGAAAAGCUUAGCAACAACGAUACGCUUUAUGUAGGCAACUGGAGUUCACAAAAUGCUCGUGACCUCAUGAAGUAUAGCGUAGCAAAGGAAUACAAAAUAGAUUCGUAUGAACUUGGAAAUGAGUUAUGUGCAGGCGGGGUAUCUGCAAGAGUAAAGGCUGAUCAGUAUGGAAAAGAUUUCAUUACUCUCAAAGAACUUGUUAAAGAAUUGUACCCCGAUCCCACCACACAACCGAAGGUAUUGGGUCCGGCUGGCUUUUAUGAUGAGAAAUGGUUUAGCACCUUCCUUGAGGUCACAGGACCAAAUGUGGUGGAUGGAGUAACACACCACACCUACAAUCUUGGUGCUGGUGUUGAUCCCACUCUUAUCAACAAGGUACAAGAUCCAUAUUUUCUAGACCAGGUAGCUCAGACUUACAAGGAUGUCUCAACAACCAUCAAGUGGUUUGGGCCAUGGUCAGAAGCAUGGAUUGGCGAAGCUGGUGGAGCUUAUAACAGUGGUGGCAGAUAUGUGUCACAUACUUUUGUUGAUGGCUUUUGGUAUUUGGAUCAAUUAGGAAUGGCAUCAACUUUCAACCACAAAGUUUUCUGUAGACAAGCACUUAUAGGGGGAAAUUAUGGUCUGCUUAAUACUACAACAUUUAUCCCCAACCCAGAUUAUUAUGGCGCACUUUUGUGGCAUCGCUUAAUGGGAAAGAACGUACUUUCUGCAACUCACAGGAGCUCCCCUUAUUUGCGGGCAUAUUCUCAUUGCUCAAAGGACAGUCUGGGCAUUACUGUAAUUCUGAUUAACAUGUCGAAUUCUACUACCUUCGACAUCUCGGUCACUGAUGAUGUGAAUUUGUAUCCUGACCGACACGAGCUGACUGAGGAGAAUUCUCAAGAGGCACAAAGAAGAGAAGAGUACCAUUUAACUCCCAAAGAUGGCAACAUCCAAAGUGAUGUAGUGCUACUAAAUGGAACCCCCUUGGUGCUCACAGAAUCACUGGGCAUUCCCACUUUGAACCCCAAGCUUGUGGAUCCUUCAAAACCUAUUACUGUUGUGCCUGAUUCAAUUGUCUUUGCAACCUUGAGGAACUUCAAGGCUCCAACAUGUGCUUAGUUGCUCUGUCUCUAUUUUCCAUGUUGUUUUCUUUGGGAAGGAUCCCAUUUCGUAUAUUUGUUUUUUUAUUUUUAGUUAUGAGCUAUUAAGGAUGUGGAGAUUGUUUUGAUUGUAGUUUUAAUUUGAGCGUAGGAGUGUGGUAGGAGUUUUCACUUGCAAUUUUUUAAAAAGAUUUUUCCCUCAA